AUCCUGGACAUAAUUAUUUAUUUUUUUCAUUUGCUGGUGUCCACAAAAACACGCAAAAUUAAAUUGUGGUCCAUUUGAUUUAAUCGUUUUGGUGUUUUCCAGAUAUUGCAUUAAUGAUAUAAACAGCCCGAGUGUUUUUUGUCUUUAAUUUGUGUGGUGUUUCUGGUUAUUUAUUGUUCUGUCGUUUUUUUGUUUUGUUUUUUAUCAUCAGAUAUGUUGCAUUAUUUGAUCUUAUACUGUAUAUCGGCACCCGCUGGACAAUUGCAUAUAAUCUUUAUAUUUUAAAUUGGUUGAAUUAAAUAAGGAAUAAUAGGUAGAAAUAAUAUACACUGCCCAGCAAAACAAGGUUAAACAAAGUCCAGAUUUAGCAGCUACAUUAAAUUUUGCGUGCGAAACGUAGAUACGCACGUGCACGAAGCGCGCGCCCUCCUCCUUUUCAUCACUCUCUUGAGUUGACUGAGACUAGCAGCAAUCAGUUUCCUCUGCAAAGGUAUGCAAGCACCACCGAAGGCUUAAAAACAGGGAAGCAACAGCUAUGUUCAGAUCGAUGUUCGGAAACAGAAGAGAGGGAGGAAGGCAUCGAGACAAGAAUCAGAGGCAUGAAGGUGGUGAGGAGUGUAUGCGUAGCACCUUGAAGAGGGAAGGCAGAGGAUGCACCAAGCACGUCCGGGGUGAUGACGGCAGCUACGCUAAAAGCCCGAUCAGACGGGUGAGGCUGACCAAGGGUGUGUCCAUUUCCUUGCCGUCCUCCCCUCUCCUCCCUCGCCAGCCCAACAUGGCUCCCUCCCACUCGUGCAUCAGGUUCCCAGGACGGGUGAAGAAGCAGGAGUAUGUGGAUGGCUCGUCCAGUGCAGGAGAACCUCUUGUCUUUGCCUCGUGUCGUGGCAAGACAGACCACAGAGACCUGCACGUGGAGCCUCAGCUGGGCUCCUCCCUUUCUACCCAGGAACUAAUGACCAGACUAUGCUUCUUACUGGGAGAAGCAACGCCUGACACUGUUAGCUCUCCUAUGGAGGACAGGAAGGAAAAGAAGUGUGACACCUCCGCCCAGGGGGGCAGUCCCAGUUCCACUCUGACCUGCAGCACCGCCUCCCCCUGCUCGGGGAGCCCUUCUUCAACCUUGAGCACCAAUGCUGGGAGUCAGCCUUUGGCUUUACCUUCACCCCACUGUGGCUCCAGCUCCAGUCCCACACUUCCCAGUCCUUCGCCAUGUCUUGCUCCUGGAUCCACCACUGGGAGCAGUCCUGGGCCUCCUUCUCAAAGCCCCACCUCCACCCUGGAGAGCAAAGACAGCGGGAUCAUAGCAACCAUCACCAGCUCCUCUGAGAAUGAGGAGCGCAGCACCUCCAGUGAGCUUCUGACUAAGGCUGAGGACUUGGGAGGCGGCGCUGGUGCAAUGGGCCACAACAUGGAGGCGCGCCAUCCCGGGCCAAGCAGGGACCACCUGAGUGCCCAGCCAGUGGAGGCCUUAAGAACUGACAUCACCGAGUCCAGAACUCCCCCAGCACCAAAAAGACCCCUCCCACAGCACCACAUACAUAGCACCAGCUCCCUUGUGAUGCCUCGUCCAAACUCUGUGGCAGCAACCAGCUCCACUCGUCUGGAGGAUCUGAGUUAUCUGGACAACCAAAGGGCUGCUGGACACAGGAGCUCUGUCCGCAAGCACAACACAGCUGGACGCACAAGUGAUGACUCCAAAGGGAGACUGGCGCCCUUCAAACAGGCCGACAUCAUGCUCAAACCCCUGCUGUUCGAGGUACCUGGCGUCACCGCAGAGGCGGCGUUCGUGGGCCGGGACUGGCUCUUCACGCGUCUGGAGGAGGUGCUGACCAAGGCGGGCAGCUGCGAGGGCCGCGGUGCCGUCGUCGUGGGUAACGCGGGGUCAGGCAAGACCGCCGUCAUCUGGCGGCUGGUGACGCUCAGCUGCCAUGGCACGCGCACGCCACAGGGAGGUCCCAGCAUCGCUCACAGUCCCGCCUCCUCCCCCAAAUGUGGGGAGAAGCAGGCGAAAGCGGCCUCCAAACAGCCAGCUGAGGCCCCGCCCACCCUUGGCGCCGCCGCCGGAGCAGGAGACAGCGCCACCGCGAGGAAGGAGGCCGCAAAAGGCGUAGCUGCCAAGGUGGUUGCCUACCACUUCUGUCAGGCUGACAACACCUACACCUGCCUGGUACCAGAGUUCGUGCACAGCGUCGCCGCCCUGCUGGCCAGAGCGCCUCAGCUCACUCCAUACCGAGAGCUGCUGGUGCAAGAGCCUCACCUGCAGAACACGCUGAGCCUGCGUUCCUGCGUUCAAGACCCCAUCACAGCCUUCAGGAAGGGGAUCCUAGAGCCCAUGGCAAGCCUGCGCAAGGAGAGGAAGCUACCGGAGGAAGACUACAUCAUACUGGUUGACAGCCUCAAUGAGGCAGAAUUCCACAAGCCUGACUAUGGGGACACCAUCGCCACCUUCAUCACCAAAAUAAUCUCCAAAUUUCCUCUCUGGCUGAAGUUGGUGGUCACAGUCAGGACAGGCCUGGUGGAAAUCACCACCCUCCUCCCCUUUUUUGGCAUCUCUCUGGACAUCCUGCCAGACAGCAGUGAUCUGGGAGCUGACCUCAGUGACUACAUCCAUCACCGGGUCAGCAGCAGCACCCAGGUUGCUGCAAACGUCACCACGCCCACGGGCUCGGCCCCCGAUCCGCUGCUCCUCAGCAAAUUCAGCAGCCACCUGUCCACGCGGAGCCACGGCUCCAUCCUCUACCUUCAGCUGACUCUGGAUCUGUUUCACAAAGGCCAGCUGGCUCUGAAGGGAGGAAACUACCUGGUGGUGCCUGUGUCACUGUCAGAGGUCUACCUGCUCAUGUGUCGCGUGAGCUUCCCAGAUAAAGAGGUCUUUGAGCGGGUGCUUCCGGUGCUAAACGUGGCGCUGGCGUCUCUGCACCCGCUGACUGAUGAACAAAUGUUCAGGGCGCUGAAUGCAGGCAGCGUGAGGGGGGAGCUGGAGUGGAAGGACUUCCAGCAGAGACUAGACAGCCUGGCUGGAUUCAUGGUCCGACGCAGGGACGGUACGCGGAUGCUGCGGCACCCGUCCUUCAGAGAGUGGCUGGUGUGGAGGGCGGACGGAGAGAGCACGGACUUCCUGUGCGAUCCCAGGAGCGGCCACGCUCUGCUGGCGUUCAUGUUCUCCAGACAGGAGGCCAAGCUGAAUCGGCAGCAGACGAUGGAACUGGGACACCACAUCCUCAAGGCUCACAUAUUCAAGGGUUUGAGCAAGAAGACGGGUGUGUCCUCCAGCGUUUUACAGGCCAUGUGGGUGAACUGCAGCACGGACACUCUGUCCGCUGCGCUGGCCUCCCUGAGGAACCUCUACACGCCCAACAUCAAGGUGAGCCGCCUGCUGAUGAUGGGCGGCGCCAGCGUGACCUGGAGCACGGAGGUUCUGGGACACGCCCCCAUCCUGGCCGUCCACGCCCACUUGGGGCACGUGGAGAUGGUGGCCCUGCUCCUGGAGAUGGGCGCUCCGGUGGACGGCGGAGCCGACGGCGGCAUGGUGCCGCUGUGUCUGGCCGCCGCAGCGGGACACGCCGACAUUGUCAGCAUGCUCUGCAAGAAAGGAGCCAAGGUGGGCCGUACUGACAGAAGCGGCCAGUGUGCUCUGGUCCAUGCUGCGCUGAGGGGCCACCCAGAAAUCAUAAACAUCUUACUGGGCCAGGACUGGGGACCAGAGAUCCCAGCUGACCCACAGCAACACCACAGCAGUGACGCGGUCAUUGGGAAAACGCAGGCGGCACAGCAGGCGGUGACGGCGGCAGCCAGCGUGGGACACACACAGGUGGUGAAGAGCAUACUGGACUUGAAAGAUGAACAGCUGGCAGUGCAGAUGGAUGCUCACGACUCUCUCUGGGGAGAAACUGUGCUGAGCGCAGCAGCAGGGCGAGGGCGAAUGGAGACGUGUGCGCUGCUCCUGGAGCGGGGGGCGGGGCUGGAGCUCCCGAACCGCCGGGGGAUGGUCCCGCUGCUCAGCGCCGCCAAGCACGGACACACACAGGUGAGAGGGCCGUCCGAGGGCUCGGGCCCUGCCUCUGGCACGUCAUUGGGCACAGGUCUGUCCCCUCCCCAGGUCGCAGAGCUGCUGCUGAAGCACGGCGCGGACAUCGACGCCGGCGACAAGCUGUGUCGCACCGCGCUGACGCUGGCGGCCGCCGAGGGCCACGCCAGCACGGCCGAGCUACUGCUGUCUAAAGGAGCCUCUCCGUCCUCCACCGACCAGGAGGGGCUGACUGCUCUCAGCUGGGCCUGUCUGAAGGGCCAGAAAGGCGCCGUGCAGCUGCUGGUGGAGGCGGGCGCAGACCUGAACCACCCAGACAACCAGGGAAGGACUCCUCUUGAUCUAGCUGCUCUGAACGGGGACGCAGACACGGUGCACUGCCUGAUGGAGCACGGAGCGGUGCUGGAGCGAGCUGACGCCACCAGCACCAGAGGGUCCGAGCGGGCAUCGGGCUGCCAGAACCCAGCCCUGGUGGCGUCGGUGCUCAAGAAAGGAGGCAAGACGGGCUACAAAACGGCUCCGCACGAUCGAUCAGGUCAUGCUACGUGGGCUAUGGCGUCUUCUAAGCCAGACAUUCUCCUCAUCCUGCUGCAGAAGCUAAUGGAGGAAGGGAACAUGCUUUACAAGAAGGGACGUAUGAAGGAGGCGGGCCAGCGCUACCAGUACGCGCUGAGGAAGCUGCCUCGCGAGGGGCAGGGAGAGGAGCUGAAAGGGCUCAAGGACCUGCGCGUCUCCCUCUACCUGAACCUCUCGCGCUGCCGCAGGAAAACCAACGAUUUUGGCAUUGCUGAAGAGUUUGCGACAAAAGCCCUCGAACUCAAACCCAGGUCCUACGAAGCGUAUUAUGCGAGAGCACGAGCCAAGAGGAGCAGCAGGCAGUUUGCUGCAGCGCUGGCAGACCUCCACGAGGCCGCGCGCCUCUGUCCGUCCAACCGGGAGAUCCGCCGCCUGCUGACCCGCGUGGAGGAGGAAUGCAAGCAUCAUCAGAAGGCGGCCAGCAACGCGCCACUGGGCCACGCCAGGGACCCGCACGCCCACCACCAGCAGGGCACUGAGGAGGAGGCCGACGCCUACUCGCAGGGAAGCCUGGAGAGGCAGAUCCAGGGAGAGCGCAGCGACGGCGAGAAGGAGGAGGAGGAGGGGGAGGGGGAGGUGAGCCUGCACUGUGGGAAAAGCCCCACCUUUUGGCCCCUCAAUCCAUAUGCGCCCAACAGGACUCUCCCUGGAGGCGUGGCCUUCGCUUUGACGGACCAGGCGCCGGGUGUUCCUCAAGAGGACUUUGUGCAGAACCAACUGUUCAUGGACGUGCCUGAGCCUGUUCCCGCUCUGAGCAGACAGAACCAGAACCAGGGCAGCAGGACUCAUCACCACUGCCACUCCCUCCAGGCGGGGGGCAGGGUCGGGGGCAGGCCGUUGUCCCUGUGUGGUCCCUCUAGCCCCCUGCCGGGCAGGCACAUCUCCACCUCUCUGAGGCCUACGCCCGUCCUGGGUAUCGACAUCGGCCCUGGAUCAAUCAGUGAACACUCUGGACACAGCCCCACUGAGCACUACCACCCCAUGUCCCCCAGCAGCUCCUCCCCCCCUGGACCUCUCCAAAUGUACCAGCCCCGCUCCUCUAGUUUCUCCAGAGGCUCCGACAGGUUCUCCACCACUUCUGUGGCUUUGGACGGCCUGGCUCUAGCUCUUGGGUCCGGCAUGGAGGUCCGGAGGGACGGCGGAGGAGGCGGCACGGCGGGUUCGAGGGGCUCAAGCUCCAGUCAGGCCUCCAGUGGGAACCUGUCCGACGGUGGCAGGCAGCAGGUGCUGGACACGCCGUGCCCCAUCAAGAGCAGCGGUAGCUUCAAGUCCAAACCCGAGCUGAAGCCCCGGCCGUUCAUGGGGGUAAUGGACAAAGCGGUGCGAGUGCAGGGCCAGCAGACCUCCGGUCUGGGUCGGCAGGCGGGGGGGGUGGAGAUUUUCAAUAUGUCCGUCAUGGAGUUCCAAGGGCUGAACAAUGAAUUCAAGCGUGCCUCCUUCCAGGAGCAGCUCCCUGGAGGUCAGGCCAACAGCCAGCAGGCCCGUGAGUUUGGGGAACGGCUCCACCAGCGAGAGGCCAGAGGCACCUCCUCCUCCCAGCUCCGCUUCCCAGAGGGGAAGCACAGGCAGGCGAGCCUCACUAGAGACAACCCAGCGCUGCACAUGGCUCCCAUCAAACCCAAACGCUCCUUUAUAGAGUCCAACGUCUGAAUGGGCUCAGUGAGAGCACAGAUACAGGCACAGUUACAACAACCGUUGUCCCACAUAAGGUAGCAGGGAGCCCAUUCCGGGAACAGACCCCUUCCCUGAGCCUGUUUUUGUAGAGUUAUGCUGCUGCACUGCAUUUACAAUCUAGAACCAGUCUUUAACUCAGGCUACUAUGCUUUUGCUUACAUGUCUACAGCUACACUAGUGUAUUCAAGAAAACCAGACAUACCUUAAGUAGGGAUUUGAAAAAAAAUAGCUAGUAUACAGUCUCAACUUUUAAUUUAAUGUCUCCAAUACAGGAAUCAGAGAACGCUUUGUGCACGAAUAUACAAAACCUCAUGCUGUUAGUUGAAGGAUAUGAUCAUUUCUAUUGUCAAGUGUCUUUUAAAAAAACAUUUAUAUUUGUACGGUGUACACUGUAUUUGCAGAUUAUAUAUAUAUUUCCCUCUAAGUGGUUCCCUGUCGGCAUCACAAGCUUCUGAAGAGAUGACUUUGUGGACUUAAAUUCUUUCUCUCGGUACGUUUGAUAACAGAGGUACUGUACACAACAUUGUUGGAAAGGCCUCGUCAUAAUCUUAUAUUGAAUCGACUGCUUUAAUAUUCACACUAUAUGUUAUUUAUUUUUGCAUAGCAGAGAGCAUAUUCAUACUGUAUGAAGGGGUUAUCAGUUGAUUUUACACAGAGAGCAUUUACACAAUCACAGAUAAAGACCUUAGGAGACUUACAUUGCUGUAUGUCCAUAGUUGUUAUAUAACCUUUUGAGUCCUACUUUGGAUUACAGAAUGUUACCACAUUAUUAUUGUGGUAUAAUAAAAUAUUAAUGGAUGACUGUA